GUCGGCCUUCGUAGGCGAUUGUGCAAACUGUGCAAACAACCAGGGCGACUACUUAAGCACUCCGGCCGCAUCCAUCGAAGCAUAUUCCAAGCAAUCCUACUACCAACAUGAAGUCAACGAUUCAAGUCGGCACCCUGUGCAUCGUGGUGCUCGUGCUCUGCUGCCUGGACUUGUCCAGUUCGCAGAACUCCACCUCUUCCACCAGUCCCACCUACAGCUCGUCCGGCACGCCCAAGAAAGUGUACCUGUCCAACCUGACGUACUCGAUUGUGAGGAGGAUCCGUGUGGGCACCACCACCGCCAGCAGCACCAGCCGGAGCUCCAGGACCAGGAGCAACCGGAAGCUGAACGCCAAGAAGACCCAGGCCAAACGGAGCCAGGCCAAGCGCUCCGGCAAGAACAGGAAGUCGAACUCCCGCCGCGCCAGGGGCUAAGUUGUUGUCCAGUCGGUUAUUAA